CUUUCUGUCACUUUUAUCUAACUUUGACAUCGAUUCGAAUUCUAUAAGAUGUGAGGUGUUUCGCGAGAAAAUUUUUGCCAUGCUCCAAGUAGUCCAACAUCGAGUAAAUCAUGAAAAUCCCUAUAGUCAUUCUCGUUUCACUGAUAACAAUGUACGUAAACGUCAGUAGCAAAACUGAACCUGUAAAAAAGGAACCAGUUGAAAAAGCAGUGUGCGUUCUUCUAAGUCCAUUCAACAGUGUAAACGGUCUCAUAACUUUCGAAAAGCUUGUCAAGGGAAUUCAGGUGACUGGAAAAAUCAGCGGUCUUGAUACUGGACCUCACGCUCUUCAUAUCCACGAGAAAGGAGACAUUAGAGAUCCGAAGUGUUUGACCGUUGGUGGUCACUUCAACCCCUUACACAAACAACAUGGGGCGUUGGAGGACAAAGUGAGACACAUGGGAGAUUUGGGCAACAUAAAUGCCGAUGAACAAGGUAUCGCUGUAUUUUCGUUUGUGGAUAAACAGCUGCUGUUGGAAGGACCGAACUCAAUCAUCGGCAGGUCUCUUGUGGUACACUCCAAAAUUGAUGACCUUGGAAGGGGAAAUACACUGGAAUCCAAAACGACAGGAGCUUCUGGGGAACGUAUUGCUUGUGGUGUUAUAGGAUAUGCUUAAGAACGCAUAUGUUAUAUGUUAUUGUGGAUAAAAAUGACGAUUAAAUUUUUGGAACAAAA